AUGAAGCCUGGUAUAUCAAAAUCUAACAAACAUAUGCAAUCUAUAGUUGAAAUGUUUUCUAAACAACUUGCUAAAAGAAAACAAGUAAACUAUGAUAAAAGUAAUGAAGAAGAACUAAGAGACUUACAAAAUAUUAAAACAGAAAAUAACAUAUUAAAUAUUGAACAAAAUAAAGAAAAUUGUAGUCCAGAAGCAAAUAAGGAAUAUCCAGAUGAACACCCUGAGAAAAAAGUCAAAUUUGAGGAUACUAUAAUUGUACCAAAACCUCAAAUUAAAAAUACGAAUAUGUUUUACAAUAAAUGUGAAUACUGCCGUCAAAAAUUGAAUGAUGAUAUAAAAUUUUAUUCGGGUCACCCAAAUGGUGCUCUAGAUGAAGAAAUUGCUUUAAUUGAUUCAAGAUUAUGUUUAUUUAAUGGAGAUGAAUCGUUCAUACAUGAAAAUGAUCAGCAUCCUCAAAAUAAAUUGACUUAUUUUAGUGUUUAUGAUAAAAAUGGACACUUGUGUGCUUUUGAUACUGGACUUAUAGAGAAAAAUGUAAAGUUAUAUUUUUCUGGAUAUAUGAAAGCUAUUUAUGAAGAAGAUACAUCAUUAGAGAAUGGAGUACCGGCAAAAAAUAUGGGUCCUAUAAAUGAGUGGUAUGUAUCUGGUUUCGAUGGAGGAGAAUUGGCUCUUAUUGGCUUUAAUACAGCAUUUGCUGAAUAUAUUCUAAUGGAUCCAUCUGAAGAAUAUGCACCUUUUAUGGAUGUUGUUAAAGAAAAAAUAUAUAUGAGUAAAUUGGUUAUCGAGUUCCUUCUAAAUGAAAUUAACCCCAGCUAUGAGGAUUUACUCAAUAAACUUCAAACAAUAGUACCACCUAAUGGCAUGGCAAAAUUCACUGAAGAUUCUUUAUUAAGACAUGCUCAAUUUAUAUGUGAUCAAGUAUUAUCAUUUGAUGAUUCUGCUGGAUCUGAAGAUACCCUUCUUAUCAUAACUCCUUGUAUGCGGGCAUUAGCAAAUCUUGCAGGCAUCACAUUAGGAAAAAGAGUAGCUCUUCGUCGAACACAACUUAAAGAACAAAAAGUUAAAAAACCAGCUUGGACAAAAGCAACAACUACACAAUUAGUUAAUGACAUGUUUGAAGGUAUAUUUGCAGAGCAGUUAAUUAAACACGAUGAUAAAAUAACAAUGGGACCUAAGAGACAAAGAUGUGGAGUAUGUGAAUAUUGUCAAUUACCUGAUUGUGGUCUUUGUAAUACUUGCAAAGAUAUGAUUAAAUUUGGAGGAACUGGAAGGAGCAAGCAAGCUUGUAUUAAAAGGAGAUGUCCAAACAUGGCAAUUCAAGAAGCAGAUGAUUCUGAUCCAGAAAAUGAAGAUCAAUAUGAACUUCUAUUAGAAAAUAAAAAUGUUGAAGAAGAAAGAAGUAGAAAAAAAGUCUUUAAAGAACUUAAAAAAGAUAUCACAUGGAUAGGAGCUCAAAUUGCUAGUGAUAAUUUAAAAACCUUUUACACGUCCGUUAUGGUUGGUGAAGAAAAAAUAGAAAUAAAUGAUUAUGUACUUGUAGAACCAAGAAAUCCAGCAAUUCCAUCACAUGUUGCUAAAGUUAUUUACAUGUGGGAAAAUAAAAAUGGCAUAAAACAAUUUCAUGGUAAUUGGUUGUAUAGGGGAAAUGAUACUAUUCUUGGAGAAACAUCAGAUCCUAUAGAAUUGUUUCUAAGUGAUGAUUGUGAUGAUAUACCUUUUAAAUCUGUCAGAUCAAAAUGUACUGUCAUUUUUAAAAAUAUUUUAGAAAAUUGGACUAAAUUAGAUAAUAUGAAUUUAAAUUUUGAGAAGGAAAUAAAAGACUUAGAUAAUAAAACAUUUUUUUAUCAAAAACGUUACAUACCUGAAACAGCUAGAUUUGAAGACCCUUCACCUGACUUACAAUGUCUUCGUAAAGAAACUACUCACCGGUUUUGUUCUGCUUGUGCUCGAUUAAGAGCAUUAGAACAAUUCAAUACCCCAAAGGUAUAUGAACGAAUAGAAGAAAUAAGUAGUAAAGAAGUUAUUUACGGUCUAAUAAAAUAUAAAGGAGAAGACUAUAGAGUUGGAACAGCUGUAUUUAUACGACCAGAAAAUUUUAAUUUUAAAUAUAAGACUACAUAUCAAGAUACAUCAAAAAUAAAAAAGGAAAAUGUAGAUGAAGAUAUGUAUCCCGAAUUUUAUAGGAAAUCUUCUGAUCAUGUGAAAGGUUCAAAUCUUGAUACGCCAGACCCCUUUUGUAUAGGAUAUAUAAACAAAAUAUAUGCUAAUACAAAUGAUAUGUUAGUUUCACCUUCUGAUAUUAAUAUUAGGGUGAAUAAAUUAUAUAGACCAGAAAAUACACACAAAGGUACUACAUUAUCAGAACAAUCAAAUCUAAAUAUGGUUUAUUGGAGUGAUGAAGUGUGUAAUAUCAAAUUUCCUGAGGUUGUUGGAAAAUGCUAUCUUAUUUACUCUGAAAAUUUAAAUCAAUCUGUUGAUGAAUGGAUUGCUGCAGGACCAAAUCGAUUUUAUUUUAACGAAACUUACAAUGCACAAGAAAAAACAUUUGAUGAGCCAUCAUAUCAUACUACGAGUAUUGGUAGGUGUGGUAAAAGUAAAGGCAACCUAAAAUUUAAAGGGAAGAAAACAGAGGAGAGUGAAAAAAGAGCAUUUGUUAAUAGACCUGUUGAUUAUAAUACAAUAUCGAAAAAAUUAAAAACAUUAGAUGUAUUUGCCGGUUGUGGUGGAUUAACUGAAGGUUUACAUCAAGCGGGUGUAGCUGAGACUCUGUGGGCUAUAGAGAAGGAAACUCCAGCUGCUUUUGCAUAUCGAUUAAACAAUCCUAAUACAACAGUGUUUACAGAAGAUUGUAAUGUAUUAUUAAAAAAAGUUAUAGAUGGCGAAAUAACAAAUGAAAUUGGUCAGAAGCUACCUCAAAAAGGGCAAGUGGAAUUAUUAUGUGGUGGUCCACCAUGUCAAGGCUUUAGUGGCAUGAAUCGUUUCAAUUCACGUCAAUAUUCUUUAUUCAAAAACUCCCUUGUUGUUUCUUAUUUAUCAUAUUGCGAUUACUAUAGGCCUAAAUUCUUUAUUAUGGAAAAUGUUCGAAAUUUUGUAUCUUUUAAAAGAAGCAUGGUUCUAAAAUUAACAUUAAGAUGUUUAAUUCGUAUGGGUUAUCAAUGUACAUUUGGGAUACUUCAAGCUGGAAAUUAUGGAGUACCUCAAACAAGACGCAGAAUGAUAAUCCUAGCUGCUGCACCUGGACAAAUAUUACCAAAAUAUCCAGAACCUAUACAUGUCUUCAGUAAACGUGCCUGUCAGUUAAGUGUAUUGGUUGAUAAUAAAAAGUAUAGUUCAAAUUGUAUUUGGACGGAAUCAGCACCAUUUAGAACAAUCAGUGUCAAAGAUGCAAUGUUUGAUUUACCAGAAAUUAGAAAUGGUUGGAAUAAAGAAGAAAUGUCAUAUACAAAUGAACCAAUAUCACAUUUCCAAAAAAAAAUGAGAGGAAAACAAUAUCAACUAUUAUUAAGAGAUCACAUAUGUAAAGAAAUGGCACCUCUUGUAGAAGCUAGAAUGGCCCAUAUUCCAAUUGCUAAUGGUUCUGACUGGCGUGAUUUGCCAAAUAUUGGUGUAAGAUUAAAUAAUGGUACUUAUUCUAAAACAUUAGAAUAUACUCAUGAUGAUAAAAAGGUUGGGAGGAGUUCUACCGGAGCAUAUCGCGGUGUAUGUAGUUGUUGCACAGGAAAGCAAUGUGAUCCUACAGAUAGACAAUUUAAUACCUUAAUACCAUGGUGUUUACCACAUACAGGAAAUCGUCAUAAUCAUUGGGCAGGUUUAUAUGGUAGAUUAGAAUGGGAUGGAUUUUUUAGUACAACUAUUACAAAUCCUGAACCUAUGGGAAAACAGGGUCGUGUGUUACAUCCAGUACAAACUCGGGUGGUAAGUGUACGUGAAUGUGCCAGAUCCCAAGGUUUUCCAGAUUCUUUUCGCUUUUAUGGCACUAUACUGGAUAAACAUCGACAAAUUGGAAAUGCAGUACCUCCGCCACUCGGAGUAGCUAUUGGAUAUGAAAUACGAAAAUGCAUACAAAAUGAAGAUGUGAUAACUGAAGUUGAUAGAAAAACCCAAUUAAAAGUUGAUUUAGAUCCAAAAUAA